AUGUCAUGCACCCAGGCCAAGGGAAGGCUUGAAGUUUUGCAGAUCUAUCGGCUACUGCAGUGCGUCCAGGAUGGAGAUCAGCUGUACAUAGAGAAAUUAAUCAGCAUGGGUGUUCGUGACCUCAUAAAUCUGACUGAACCACGCGAGGGGAAUGGUGUCCUGCACCUGGCAUCGGUGGGCAACAAACCCGACAUGCUGGAGUUCCUCAUAGCUCAAGGUGCCCGUCCAGACAUGCAGGACAGGAGGGGGAGGACACCUCUGAUGCUGGCUGCAGAGCUCGGAUAUGACAGGAUCGUGUCUCUACUGGCCAAGAACAACGCAGACAUGAAACUUGUAGACAAAGAGGGGAAAGGCUUGCUCUUCUACUGCAUCCACCCUACAAAAAGGCACAUGCGCUGCCUCCAGGUGGCCCUUAACGGCAAUGCAGAUGUCAACAAUGUUUCAGGAACUGGGAUGCCAGUGUUCUUGCUGGCUUGCGAACAAUCUCAGGACUGUGAAGGAAUGUGUCUCAGUAUCCUAGAGAGAGGAGCAGACCCCAAUGCUACAAAUCAGGAAACUGGUCGGACAGCUCUGAUGGAGGCCACCAGAGCAGGAGCAAUAGAUCUUGUGAGAGCCAUUCUCAAGAAAGCAGGAAACGUCAAUGCCCUGGAUAAGAAGCAAUUCCAUGCAGCUCACUUUGCGGCUGAAAGAGGUUUCUUUGAAAUCAUUAUGGUGUUGUCUGCAUAUGCAGCAGACUUUGGAGUGGUAACAUCAGAGGGGGAUACACCGCUGCACUUCGCUGCCUCUGGUGGCUACACAGAUUGCUGCAGGUUUCUAGCUCAAAGAGGAUGCAAUCCCAAACUGAAGAACCAAGAAGGUCUGCUUCCCCGUCAGAUCGCUAAGGAUUGUGGUCACAAAGCCACUGUCAAAGAGCUUAAGAAGGCUGAACGACUGCAUGGAAAGUUCUCAAAAGGAGCAGGUGGCACAAAUGAACCAUGGGCUCUGACACUUUACGACUGGUCUCAUGAAAAUGAGAAUGCACUGAGAAGUGCUUUCGAGUCAGCAUCAGAUGGCUACAUGGGAAUAGAAAUGGUGUCCAGAACGACGUUUGUGUCUGUUCUUCAGGACCUUCACACUCCUCUAAAUGAUAAACAAAUUCAUGCUCUUCUGCUUGCUCUCGAUAAGAGAAGAGAGGGCUUUAUAAAUAUAAGUGAUUUUCUAAAAGGUCUCAAAUAUCUUCCAAAGACAUAUGUUAUGGCUUCUUAUGGGGCUAAGAAGAAGAAAGCAACCAAGGCAGGAAAGACCAAAAAGACUAAGUUCAAUGCACCUAUGCCCAUCUGCACUGUCCCACCUGAUUUCAUUCAUCGGCGUGACGAUGGUGGGCCACCGCAUUUUAUGAUUGAAAGUUACCAGCAUGCUACAGACACCCACAGAUAUGACCGGGACCAUCGACCAGGACAUCCUAUCGAAGAUGAUACGGCAUGGUACAUCGAUGAGCCCGAAAAGAUAUACAUAAAUAUGAACUACUGUGUUAAAACAGGAGAUAUUGAGUCUCUCAGGUUGGCACUCAGCCAAAAGAUUCCUGUAGAUGUGAAAGAUCGCUUUUACAAGACACCACUCAUGGCUGCAUGUGCAAGUGGGAAUUACGAAGUGACAAAUUUCCUUCUUGAUAAUGGGGCUGAUGUGAAUGCAUGCGAUCAGUUCAGCUGGACACCUCUACACCACGCCUGUCAUGCAGGACAGCUGGACAUCAUACAGUUGCUGCUGGAGGCGGGAGCUUCUGUGGACCCGCCCGCCCUCAAUGGAGCCACUCCCCUAAUGAGAGCCAUUGAGAGCUGUAGACCGUCCUGUGUGGAGUACCUCAUCAAAGCUGGGGCCAAGGUCAAUGCAGCAAAUAAGACAGAGCAAAACUGCUUGGACAUUGCCCACGCUUAUGCAGACUUCAGGGUGGUGGAUUUGAUCCAGGCUAAGAUUAAUACGCUACCCAGACCUAAGGAGAAUAAGAAGCCACAGCCUGUCAGAAUCCAACGCAAACUAACACCGGCCUCAACCCCUGGCUCUACAAAAGAAAAGCAGGGCACCGUUCCCACUCCUACAGCCUCCUCGAACUCAGCAGUCAAGAAAGCAAUGAAGAAAGACAGUGUUAUCGUGCACAGCACUCAGAUCACUACCGGCAAGCUCAACAAAUUGGACAUCAGUUUUGUGCCAAGAACGACGUGGCAAAAUCAGCUGACCACCAUUGAGCUGAUGGAUAGGAAAGAAAGGAGAAGGCAGCGUUUCAGUUUUGAGGUGGACUUUGAUGACUUCAAGAUGCCAUUCAAUAAAAACAUCCAGAAGAAGUCCGUGGAGUUUGAGCUCACUGACUGAAAGAUUGAAGUGACGUGCACCAGUUAUCGCUGGCCUCUGAGCAGAAUCUAGAUUCAUUCUGCUACAAGGAAAUGCACCACUCAGCUGUCCUGUUUAUUGCACGGUUCUCUGUUUGGCCAUCAGAUGGCGCAACAGUGUUUACAUGCGAACAGUGUCUGAUCCUCAGGGACUCUUAAGCACAGUACUGCAAAAUGGCA